AUGCAGCCGUUUGCUUUCCAAUCUCGCGAGUUCAUUCGCGAUUUAGUAUUGGGCAAAGUCAUUCAAUUCCAAGUCCUCUAUGCUAUUCCUACCACCAAACGAGAGUACGGCAGAGUUAAACUCCCUAAUGGUCCUGACCUUCCCGACUUGAUCGUGCAAGAGGGAUGGGCCAAGAUCCGAGAAGAUGCAGGCAAGAAAGAGGAUGAUGAAAGUGCAUUGGCAUACCUUGACAAGCUAACAUCACUGGAGAAUGAAGCCAAGUCCGACAGCAAGGGCCUCUGGGCAAAAGGUGGACAGAUUGAAAAUUCCUCCGAGGUUUCAGACCCUAAUGCUUUGGUGGAGAAGUUCAAAGGAAAGAAGAUUGACGCUAUUGUCGAACGCGUCUUAACUGGUGACCGUCUCAUAGCUCGUAUACUACUGAGUUCUACCAAGCAUGUUCAGACAAUGCUUGUGCUUGGUGGAGUGAGAGCCCCGGCCACUAAACGGACCACACCCGAGGGCAAGGAGGUUCCUGCGGAAGCUUUUGGUACCGAAGCACAUACUUUCGUGGAGGAGAGACUGCAUCAGCGAAAGGUGCAGAUUGAACUACUGGGAGUAACACCUCAGAAUCAACUCAUCGCAAACGUAUUACACCCGAGAGGCAACAUUGCCAAAUUCCUCCUAGAAGCCGGACUGGCAAGAUCCAACGACCAACACGUUACCUUACUCGGCAACGACAUGGCACAGUUCAGGCAAGCAGAAAAUGCUGCGAAGAAUGCCCGAAAGGGAGUAUUCACCGGCACUUCUGCUUCCAAGGCUUCCGGAGUCCAAGAUGCUGAUUUUACCGUCUCCCGAGUCUUGAACGCCGAAACUGUCUUCAUACGAACCCGAUCUGGCGAUGAAAGAAAGGUGACAUUUUCGAGUAUCCGUCAGCCUAAACCUUCAGAUCCCAAACAGUCACCAUUCGGAGCUGAAGCCAAGGAAUUUGCGAGAAAGAGACUGAUUGGCAAGCACGUCAAAGUCAGCAUCGAUGGUAAGAAACCUGCCUCGGAGGGCUUUGAAGAGCGAGAGGUUGCCACUGUAACGGUUAACGGGAAGAACUUUGCUUUGGCCCUGGUCGAGGCUGGGUACGCCUCGGUGAUCCGACAUCGUCGAGAUGACGAUGACCGAUCUCCCGAGUAUGAUGCUCUCCUCCUUGCGGAAGAGACCGCCCAGAAGGACGAGAAAGGCAUGUGGUCACCCAAGCCUCCGGCUGCCAAGCAGUAUCAAGAUUACUCUGAAAGUCUACAAAAGGCCAAGAUGGAGGCAUCGGUGCUACAGCGCCAGAAGAAAGUGCCGGCUGUUGUCGACUUUGUGCGAUCGGGAUCUCGAUUUGUUGUUCUCGUCCCUCGAGAAAAUGCCAAGCUCACCUUUGUUCUGUCGGGCAUUCGAACUCCCAAACCGGCUCGUCAGUCAGGUGAGGCAGCGGAGCCAUUUGGACAGGAAGCCUUGGAAUUUGCCAAUCGAAGAACUCUGCAGAGGGAUGUUGAAAUCGAUGUCGAAAAUACCGACAAGGUUGGCGGAUUCAUUGGGACACUGUAUGUUGGACGAGAGAACUUUGCCCGAGCUUUGGUUGAGGAAGGAUUGGCUGAAGUGCACGCCUAUUCCGCCGAGCAGAGUGGGAAUGCGAACGAGCUAUUUGCGGCGGAGAAAAAAGCCAAAGAAGCACGGAAAGGCAUGUGGCAUGAUUGGGAUCCAAGCAAAGAGGCCGAGGCGGAAGAGCUGCCGGCACCUACGAAUGGAAUGAAUGGAGAUGCUGCGGAGGCGAGCCCACGGAAAAAGGACUAUCGUGAUGUGGUGGUCACCCACGUUGACGAAGCAGGGAAGCUAAAAGUUCAACAGGUUGGGACAGGGACAGGGGCAUUAACGGAGCUGAUGAAUGCAUUCAAGUCAUUCCAUUUAAAUAAGGCCAACGACCAGCCGCUACCAGGACCUCCCAGAGUUGGAGAUAUUGUCGCUGGCAAAUUUACGGUUGACAACGAAUGGUAUCGCGCCAAGGUGCGAAGAGUUGAUCGAGAAGGCAAGAAGGUGGACUUGACAUAUCUUGACUACGGCAAUUCGGAAACGGUGCCAUUUUCUCGACUGCGACCUUUGAGCCAACCGCAGUUUUCGACGCAAAAGCUGAAACCUCAGGCAACGGACGCAGUAUUGUCAUUCCUACAGGUACCUACAUCACAGCAAUAUUUGCGGGACACAGUGGACUUCAUUGCAGAGCAAACGGAUGGACGACAACUGGUUGCGAAUGUUGAUUAUGUGGCACCUGACGGGACCUUGUCCAUCACACUGCUGGACCCGAAGGUUUCGACCAAGAUUGAAGAGAGUAUCAAUGCCGAAGUGGUACGUGAGGGAUUGGCGAUGAUUCCGACGAAACUCAAGGGAUGGGAACGACAAUCAGCAGAGACGUUGAGCAGCUUGGGAGAACUGCAAGAAGAGGCUAAGAAGGAACGUCGAGGUAUGUGGGAGUAUGGUGACCUGACUGAAGACUAA